AUGGUCGCGGUUCCGCAUAAUAAUUACCACGGUGCGGUCGCGGACGAGAUCGAGGGCCUGGUCACGGUCUACGAGGACGGCCACGUGGAGCGCGCCCCGGUCAUGCCCACCGUGGAGUCGUCCACGUCACCCCUCCGCGGCCCCGGUGACGUCACGUGGAGUGACGUCACGCUCUGCCGCGUCACCGGCCUGUGGGCCCGCCUCUUCGUCCCCGACCCCGACCCCGACCCCGACCCCGCGGGGGAGCCGCCGCGGCUGCCGGUGGUGGUGUACUUCCACGGCGGCGGCUUCUGCGUGGGCUCGGCGGCGUGGCGGUGCUACCACGACUUCGCGGCGCGGCUGGCGGCGUCGGCGGGGUGCGCCGUGGCCUCCGUGGACUACCGGCUCGCCCCCGAGCACCCCCUCCCCGCCGCCUACGACGACGGCGCCGCGGCCGUUGACGCCCUCCUCCUCCGCGCGGCCCGGCUCGAGCCCCGGUGCGACCCCUCGCGCGUGGUGCUCUGCGGGGACAGCGCGGGGGCCGCCAUCGCGUACCACGUGGCGGCGCGGCUCUGCGAAUGCCACGCGGAGGCCCCCGGUUGGCUGAGGGGCGUGGCGCUGGUGCAGCCGUUCUUCGGGGGGCAGGCGAGGACGGCGUCGGAGGAGUCGGAGGAGAAAGAGGAGGAGCAGAGGUCGGUACUCAGCCUGGGGAGAUCGGACGGGUACUGCAGGAGGCUGGCGCUGCCGCGCGGGUGCGAUCGGGACCAUCCGUGGUGCAACCCGGUGGGAUUGGGCGGGGCGUGGAGGGUGAUCAGGAGGCUCCCGCGGACGCUGGUGUGCGCGGCGGGGAUGGACGUGCUGCGGGAUCGGAACGCGGAGUUCUGCGCCGCCAUGAAAAGCGCCGGGAACUGCGUCGAGAGUCGUGUCUACGCCGGCGUCGGCCACGCGUUCCAACUGCUCGGUCGGUCGCACGUGUCCAAGGUUCGCACGCACGAGAUGCUCAUGCACAUCAGGGACUUCAUCUGGGAUACUAUAUAUAUAACAAAUAUGUAG